AUGAUUUCGUUCACAUCAACACCGUCUGAGGCGCAGCGACGUCUUGUGGAGGACACGGAGGGAGCACGCGAGGGAUCUUUUGGGAAGAUGUCGGCGCUGGCUCUCGAUGUGGUGUUCACCGGGGUCAUAUUUCUUGGCUUCUCCUUCUACGAGCGUGUUGUGUGUCCGCUGGUUGGAUCCGUGGUGAGGGACCGCCUACCGGACCGCCCGCAGUGCCUCCGGUCGCUCACGGUGAGGGACAAAAUUUACAUCAACUUCGCCAAGGUCGUCACGGCCCUCUUUGUGUACCACACAUACCAGUUUAUUGUCCACACCGACGUGAGCGGCAUGUGCGUGGACUUUAUGGACGGGCCGGCAGUUCUUCGCUCCGUGGCGUGGAUGCCGCUGCACCUCGUGGCGCUGUUUAUUGUCUACGACUUUUUCUACACCCUCUUCCACUGGGCGCUGCACUGGCCGCCCAUUUACCCCCUCGUCCACAAGCACCACCACCGCCAGGUGACGCCGUUUCGCGGCGUUGACGACGCCAUCAACGUCCACCCGUUUGAGUACGUCACCGGGGAGUAUCUGCAUCUUUUUUCCCUGUAUCUUCUCAGCCGCGUCACACCAGUGGGCCAGAUGCACGCACUGACAGCUGUGGUCUUUAUCUUUGUUGGUGGCACACUGGCUGGCCUCAAUCACACCCGCGUUGAUCUGCACAUCCCCUACGUCUUUAACGUCCGGGCCCAUGACUUGCACCAUUUGCAGUUCAAGUACAACUACUGUCAGUACAUUACGCUGUGGGACUGGGUGUUUGGCACCUUCAAGAGUGCUCCGAAGGUGUCCAAGGCGGCGAGUGAGUGA